AGUAUCGCACGUCUUCGACUUGUGCUGAGCCUCGCGGGCCGCAGUCUCACCCACAAUCGGGAAAUAACGUCUUUGCUCUAAUCUCACGUAACCUACUUACCUGUGCUGCGAGUACAAAAGAUUUACCUGGGUUCACGCGAGCCGUGUCCCACCUGGCCGAGUAGUUUGCCCUGAACGCUUGGAGGAGCGUUAUCGUCCGUAUUUCGUUAUCCGUCCAGCGAAGUUUGCGUUGGCGGGCACACGAGCGAAUGUACAAUUUCCUGAUAUUCUACGGGUUUCACGCAAGUGAGGCGUAACUAACCGCGAUUGAGUGAGUAAUUCCGUGGGUAUCUACGAGCGUGAGUGGAGACAUUCUUGGAAAAUAUUAGCCGCGUGUGAGUUGGGUGCCUACAAGUGCUGAGCACCGGGACCAAAGUCGAGUGCGCGUAUUUGAAGUUGUUUGGUACCCUCUAAAGGAUUAUCGUUGCGGAAAUAACGAAUCGGUGUAGCGUAUCUCAGCCUAAAUGUUUGCGGACACAGUGGAUGACCAGAUCGUUCCAUCUAACUAUUGGGAAAUGCAGGUAAUGCACUUUUUUGCGAGUGGACACUUGGCGUUCGCUGCCUCAUCAGAAUUGGACUACCGGCAAGAGCUGAUGGGCCGAUUAUAUAAAUUUGAACCUAUAGUUGAGAUCGACAGUCAUUUUCGACAAAAUCAUUUCCUUCGUCAUCAGCAAAAUGUAUCAGCUUCCUCCACUUGUAGCACAGUGCAUCCAUGCUCGUUUGGAGGGGUGCAAUGUUACGAAGGAUAUCAGAAAGAUUCAUACGAUACGAAGCAGAAGGAUAUGAUUGGACAUGGAAUGGAUGAUUCAUUGUUAAGGCCGCCGUUGUGGGAAGAUAUUACUAGUUCUAUUCAAAAUAUUGACCCUGAAAAUGCUGUUAUGUUAGGUUCCAUAGCUCCAAACCAAGUUAAAUUGGAGGCGGUGGAGGAUCCUUUAUUGGAAUCGUUUUCGAAUCAAUGUUUCAGUACACUUGAAGUUAAAGGGAAGAGACGUGCAACAACUCCUGACCAUCAGCAUUCGCUUUCCAAUCAGGAAACUGAGAACGUUGCAACAUAUUUGCACUCAACUCAGCCAGACAGUGCCGCUUUCGCUCAGCAUGCCAUGAACAAUACACAUGGCGCUAAUACUGCAAUAAUGGGUUGUGAAAGUCAUCGGUCAGAAAACUCCUACGUGCAUAAUAGUUCAAAUUACUCCCGCCAAACGCCUAGUGGUACCGCUUUGUGUUCCUACCCAUGCAAUGCCUCGAACAAUACCGUUCACUUUAGCCAAACAAAUCAACACCAAGCAACACCCAAAUGCAAUGACACUCACACGGGCUAUGAUGUAAACUGGCAAGCUUCGGCACAGCCCUUCCAACUGAAGCUCCAACCACCCCCGCCUACAAAUGUGACGCGAUAUGUGUAUGUCCCGCCCCUUACCCCGCCAAGUUCAGAACCAGGAAGCCCAGGCAACGCAGGCGUUUCCCGACGGACUCCUCCCCCGCCCUACCAACACCAGCCAUCCGUCACAACACGACCAAUACAUGCAAAUAGCAAUAAUCACCAACAGUAUGUGAGUUCAUUAUCCUGCAACGGAAACAAUACUGGAAACAGCAUGCGGCCCUUAACGUCGUGCGGUCCCCACGGCAAAAGGGAAAGUAAUAAUAAUUCGGUUUUCACGACGCAAAAGACUGUGAGCUUACAUAAAUACAAUCGUAGAAAUAAUCCAGAACUAGAAAAACGGCGCAUUCAUCAUUGCGAUUUUGUUGGCUGUACCAAAGUAUAUACAAAAAGCUCUCAUCUUAAAGCACAUCAGAGGAUUCAUACUGGUGAGAAGCCCUACACAUGCCAGUGGCCAGAAUGUGAAUGGAGGUUCGCAAGAUCAGAUGAACUCACAAGACAUUACAGGAAACAUACAGGAGCAAAGCCAUUCAAAUGCGUCGUAUGUGAACGAAGUUUUGCGAGAAGUGAUCAUCUAGCGCUUCAUAUGAAAAGACAUCUGCCAAAAAACAAAUAGAAUUAUGAAAUCACAAAAUAUAAAAAAAAACACGAAACACUAUAGUUCAAAUAUUAGUUGCAAGUGCAUUAAAUUUUAAGGCUACUGUCCGUUUUAGGUAAAUUCAAGCUAUGUUAUUAUAAAACUGAACUUGCGGUUUUUUGUAUAUCGAAUCUUCGUAAAUAUCGUUAAAAUGUAAGCUCUUCAUCAUAAAAUUAAAUCGUGUGAUUUAUGUGUAAGGGAACGUACCAAAGAAUAGCAAUGUUAGCAAGUUAAACUUCCUACCAAACUACCUGAGUAAAUUCAGAUUUAAUUUAAAUCUGUGUGUGAUCUUCCUAGACCACCAACAAGAGCAUUAGAAGAGAAUGGAAUGGAAUCCGGACCGAUGUAAUAUAAGCGGACUCGGUACAUUAUGAUAUUCACGUGAAUUUAAAUGCAUUAGUGCAGUAAAAGGAA